AUGUUGCCGCCGAGGGAGAAGAACUCGUCGCACAAUGCCUUCAUUUUCCGGGGCUUCCCCGAGCUGCACGAGCAUCGCUGGCUGGUGGCGCCGCCACUGGCCGCCGCCUAUGUGUCGGCGCUGCUGAGCAAUGCGCUGCUGGUGUACGUCAUCUGCAGCGUGGAGCGCCUGCACAGCCCCAUGUACCUGCUGAUCUGCAUGCUGUGCGCAGUGGACCUGGCAGCGGUCAGCGCCAUUGUUCCCAGCACCCUGCUGGGCCUGAUGCUGGACUGGAACAGCAUCUCACUGGCCGGCUGCUUGGCGCAGAUGUUCGUCACCCACUUCCUGUCGUCAGUGGAGUCCACCUUGCUGCUGGCCAUGUCGCUGGACCGCUACGUGGCCAUCUGCCAGCCGCUGCGCUACAACGAGCUGGCCAACUCCUCGGUGUUCAUCAAGCUGCUGCUCUUCACGUUGGUGCGCAGCGGCACCGUCAUGGCGACACUGGUGGGCCUGGCGGGCUCGCUGCGCUUCUGCGCUUCCAACGUCAUCCUGCAUUGCUACUGUGACCACAUGGCCCUGGUCAGCCUGGCCUGCGGCGACACGCAGCACAGCCGGGCGGCGGGCCUGGCCGUUAUCGUGUGCUUCGUGGGCGUGGACAUCCCGCUCAUCUUCUUCUCCUACAUGAAGAUCCUGAGCGCCGUGCUGCGGGCGGCCGGUGAGGACCGCUGGAAGGCCUUCCACACAUGCGCCACUCACCUGAUUGUCAUGAUGUGCUUCUACCUGGUGGGCAGCGUCACUUUCCUGUCGCACAACCUCAACAUCAACAUCCCCACCGACGCCAACACCGCCAUGGGCCUCCUCUACAUCCUCUUCCCCGCUGCUGCCAACCCCGUCAUCUACGGCGUCCGCACCGCCGAAAUCAGAAACGGCUUCUACCGCCUCUUUCACCUCCGAGAAGCCAAGGUCUUGCCCGCCAACGUGAAGACCACCAAACUAAACGACGACUGA